GUUGCCCUCACAAGUGCACGGUACGGUUUUCACACUUUGAAGCGUAGUUUUUCGGCAAAAAUUGCCCGUAAAUCCGCCCGGACAAGGUAAACUUUUGGUGGAAUCGACGCCGUUUGGGGUGGGGAUCGUGCGGUUGGUGGAAAAUUGUGUGAUUUUAGUGGUUUUUGCGGGAUUUUCGAGCGGUCCACCAAAAGUUGCGCUUGUCGAGAUGCCAGGAAUCACCGUCAAGGACGUCGACCAGGACAAGGUUGUCCAGGGUGUUGCCCUGUUCCUUAAGAAGUCCGGCAAGCUAAAGGUCCCGGACUACAUCGACCUGAUCAAGACGGCCAAGUACAAGGAGCUGGCCCCGAGCGAUCCGGACUGGUUCUACGUGCGCUGCGCGUCGAUCCUGCGCCGCCUGUACCACCAGAGCCCGUCCGGCGUCGGUGCCAUCACCCGGAUCUACGGUGGCCGCAAGCGCAACGGUGUCCGGCCGUCCCACUUUUGCCGUGCCGACGGUAGCGUCGCCCGCAAGGCCGUCCAGGCGCUCGAGCAGAUCAAGCUGAUCGAGAAGCACGCCGACGGUGGCCGCAAGCUCACGAGCCAGGGCCAGCGCGAUUUGGACCGUAUCGCGGCCCAGAUCGUGACGAAGCAGCGUGCCGCCCUGAAGAAGGAAGCGGCCACGAUUGUGCUGGCGUAAAAAAAACAGAAAAGUGGUGUCGGAGUGUACGCGCGCGCGUGAAGGAUGUAUUCGAUAAGUUAAACCCAUUAAAACGCUGAAAUCCACACAAA